AUGGUAGGAGAGGCCGGAGGCGGAGUCGAGGUGGAGUUGGACCACCACGUCAUAGGCGUGGUAGGUGGGGGCACAGGAGAGGAUGAAAUGGAAAAUGGAGAUGUGGUAGAAAAAGAAGCAAGGGAUCAGAAGCCAGGACAGCAAACAACUGGUUCUAUUGGCGGUGAGAGCUUUCGCGGAGAUCAUCAGCCAUGGUUGGAUCUGACACUCGGUAGGAGAACCGCUCCAACUGAUGGAAGCUCUUCUUCUCCACGACCCCAACCUCCAAACCGAAAGAUGUUCUCGUGUAACUUCUGCAUGAGAAAAUUCUUCAGCUCACAGGCUUUGGGGGGCCAUCAGAACGCACACAAGAGAGAGAGGGGCGCCACGAGAAGGCCUCACCACCAUCUGACAGUUCAUUCUCAUUCCAUGGUUCCCAAGCAGCAUUCGGAGAAAGGCAUGUCUAUGGUGGCGAGAUGUUAUCAGAUCAACCCUGACAUCGAGGUGACGAGGAUUCCCUUUGCACUUGACGAAGCCAGAGGUUGGAAGUGGCCUGGAAGCUUUCAAGAUGUCUCUCGCCCGACAGACCAACCAUCAGAACAACAAAACCUUGACUUGAGUCUCAGGCUUUAA